GCUAGCCUUGAACGCGUUUUCCAUGUGGAAUACUUCGCAUUGAAAAGUUGAGUGUGGUUAGAGUGAUAUCGUAAACAACAACAUUGCAAAUGGCCGCUACAUCGGAAACAGCAGAAGACCGGUCCAGCCCGGAACCCGAGACUAUCGAGGAGGAUGAACAGGAGUCACCAUCUCCCGCGAAAGCCAAAGGCAGGGGAAGACCCAAGAAGGAGAAGGCCCCCAAGGCGCCCAAGCAGCCCAAGGUAAAGGUUCCGCGCGGUCCUGGUCGUCCAAAGGGUAAAUCCAAGCCGGUCGGCCGUGACAAUCCUCCGAUCGCCGAUAUGAUCAUAGAAGCGAUGGAGACGCUCGAAGACCGUAAGGGAAUCACACUGCAAGCCAUCAAGCGAUUCAUGGAUGAAGCCUACGGGGUGGACCCCCAGCGACUGAGUGUCCGAAUCAAGAAGGCCAUUCUGGCCAAAGUGGAUUCAGGAGAUAUCAUCCGAGUUCAAGCGAAUGGUGGCCAAGGACGCUUCAGACUGAAACCCUUCAAAGUGGCUGUGGUCACCAAGCGUGCCGCACCGGAGAAUUACGUCCAGCUGCCGUACGGAAAGUCUUCGCCGGCUAAACCGGCCGGUAAGAUUGGGAAGUUCAAGAAGGCUAUCGCGGAUGCGAAACCGGCGGAUGACGCUACCGGUACACCAACGAAGGGCAAGCGCGGAAGGCCGAAGAAAACGUAAAUCGUUGAUUGCUGUGAGCGAAAUUGCAAUUCCCGAAGAAUCACUUCGUAAAGGGACAAGACAGCCGAGGAGAUUCUUGGUGCAAGAGUGCGGCUAGAGAAACUGGAUGUGCGGACACACUAUUUCUGGCAAAUGUGUUCCGCGACCAUAUUGACUAAAAAAAUAAAAAAAAUCAGCCCUUUUAAGGGCUACCAACAGCAUGAGUAAAGAGUUAUGUUUGAAAAUAAAAAUCACUGUAUAUUUUAAUGUUUUAGAAAUAUUAAGUUUAUGGAUAUGAAUUCUUGAAACAACCGUCGGUAUAUGCAUCAUCGAAAUUUCAAAACUAAAUGUACUUUAAGCAGCAUUGAAUUGAAUCGCAACCUUUUUAGGGUUAAAUAGGUCUAGGUUAUACUUUACAAUAAUUUUGGGUUUUGAUAGGUAGGAUACUUUAAUAUUUAAUGUUAAAUAAUUGCAUUCCUCAAAUGCAAAACAUCAAAUUAAAGCAAUGUAACGCAGAAGUUUUAAACCCUCAAAACAUGAAAUAAAAAUGAUUAAAGUAAAAUUUACUUUGGGCUAUCCAUGGGCAGUAAGCUCCUCUUCAACAAGACAGUAACCAGUUGUAAUGCUAUGUUAGGUUCCAUGUUUACGCAUCAGGAAGAAUAAGCUUGC